GUAGUAGAAGCCGAUCCGUCAGUCGACUACGCGAUUCCGCGCUCUGGUGCUGGUCUCCGUCGUGUCUUUUACUCCUCCGUUGCUCCCCGCUGCAUCCCAGCGAACUGACUGCUUUCAGUUUCUCUUCCCUCCGCGAUCGUGUAACGCAAACAUCGAUCAACGGCUACAUCAAAAUGGCCGCGCGCUGAGAAGGAAGUUUGAGAGUCCGAGUUGUCCUGGGAUCAUCUUCUCGGCCGAGGCCCUCGACCUCCUCGUGAUACUCCGUUCUCGCGAGGCGUUUAUUCGACGAUGACGUCGGCGCGGCGACAAAAUCUUGGAUAGAAUCUCGCGCGGAAGGAACAGGAAGCAACGCUCGAGAAACCGCGGGUAAUUUGAAUUUAAGAUCGGCCUGGCCGGAGCGAGCAGCGAGCCACUGGUGGACGCUCAUGCCGGGCUCAGACGGAAGGAUUCAUCUCAGGAGUGCGAGAGGAAAUAUCGCCGGUGAACGCGGAAGCGUCGUGACGUCUUGAAAGAACACCAUCUCUUUCUCCAUCUCCCUUCUUUCUUGCCUUCUUUUAAACAAACUAAUUUCCUCCUCUCGAACGAGACUACGGAAGGAUGUCGCGGAGAACGGAACGAAACUCGGCGCUACUCGUCGUGCCGUGUCUGACGUCGUUGCUGCUGAUGCUGGCGACGACGUCCUGGAAAAGCGCGCGGGCUCACGUGGCACUCACGUUCCCACCUGCCAGGCAGUACGACCUGGACUUCCUGGAUAAUGCCAGAACACCGCCGCCAUGCGGCAUGCCACGUGGCCACGUCAAGACGUCGUUACUGGCAGGAAGCAAUUUCAACGUCACGUGGCACCUCGCCUAUCCCCAUAGGGGAGGCUUUCGGCUUCAGAUCUUAGAUUUUUACGAUAGACCUCUGAUCGACCUGACGCCCAUCACACGAAACAGCGAAUUCGUCGAAGACGAUGCUACGGCACAGAAUUAUGCCGUGCAGCUGCCACAAGAUUUCAGCUGUACCGACUGCACCAUCAGACUGCUGCGGGAGGCCGAGGAAUGGGGCUCCAGCUACAGAUUUUGGUCGUGUGCCGACAUUGAUAUUCGUGACAAGAAAGAUUAUCGGGAAGAUUGUAGCGGUCAUGGACGUUACCUGCUGGGCAGGUGCAGAUGCGAUCGUCUUUAUCACGGCGCGAGGUGCGAAUUCAAGGAGGAAUGUCUGGACGAUUCGGACUGCGGUAUUCAGGGCACGUGCAUCGACAAUAAUGGCACGACCGCGCCUACCAAGCAUUGCUACUGCAACACCGGCUGGUUCGGUCCGGGUUGUGCGAAGAGAUCGCCGGUGAAAAGCAUUGACAUAGACUUGGACUCUUACACAAUGAAGCGAUUUUCCGAUGACAUCAUAUUCUACUGGAGAAUCUUGAAGGAAAGCAAAGAGCUUGAGGGUAUCCUUAUGGCCAAUUCUACAACGUGGAUCGCUAUUGGAUGGAGACCCGACGAUCUGGGACCGACCUGUCGAUCCUUUCCAAUGAUCAGGGAUAUACCCGAACCACUUCCGCAGCCGGAACCAAAAUUGGAAUCAGUCCUCGAAACGGAGCCAAAAUCUAAACCAGAACCCGAACCGGAACCCGAACCCGAACCAGAACCAGUACCAGAACCAGAACCAGAACCAGAGCCCGGCAUAGAAGGCGAGAAAUCAAUUGCAAAGAGACGAUCGGCUAAAGCGGACGUUGCAAUAUUCGUAACUUCACGACCAGAUGCCGACGUUACCGUGCAAACCAGUGUAACUUAUCAAGUCAGCACGAAGCAAGGUCGCAAGAGAAGAUCUCCGGAACCAAUCACGAUAUCUACAAAUGGAAAACCGAUCGCCAAGUCCAGCAUUGUCGUCGGGCAAGAACCGAAAUCCGAGCCAGAACCUACCUCUGAGCCAGAACCCAGCUCUGAACCAGAACCAAAAUCCGAACCGGAACCUAGCUCUGAGCCAGAACCGAAAUCCGAACCGGAACCUAGCUCUGAACCAGAACCAAAAUCUGAGCCAGAACCGAAAUCCAAGCCAGAACCUAGCUCUGAGCCAAAGCCAAAAUCCGAGUCAGAGCCAAAAUCCGAGCCAGAACCAAAAUCCGAGCCAGAGCCAAAAUCCGAACCAGAACCGAAAUCUGAGCCAGAGCCAAAAUCCGAGCCGGAGCCGAAUUCUGCACCGGAACCAAAAUCCGAACCAGAACCUAAUUCUGAGCUAGAACCAAAAUCCGAGCCGGAACCAAAAUCUGAACCGGAACCAAAAUCUGAACCGGAACCUAAAUCUGAACCAGAACCUAAAUCUGAAUCGGAACCCAAUUCGAAGUCGGAACCAAAGUCGGGAGCGACGAAAGCAUCGUUACCGGCACCAGGACACAAGUACACACCUAAGCACGACUUCAACCCGAUGGACUGCACGGACAUUAUAAUCGGCAUGGCGCGAGGGACGAAUUAUAGGAUCGGCGAUUAUUACACAAGGGAUCGGUCGACGCCGCGCAAGGACGAAUAUUGGGGCGGAAGGGACAGUUUGACGGCCGCAUUCGGUUACGAGCGCGAUGGUGUCACGACGAUGCUCUUCCGCAAGAAAUUGGCCGCCGCGGAGCCAACCGAUCACGAGAUUCGUGAUGGCAAUAUGCAUGUGAUUUGGGCGAAAGGUCAAGAGCCGGGCAAAUACGUGCAUCAACCGGCUAGCGGUAUCGAAAAGGCCAAGGCCAACGUCAAAGACUUUUACAAGAUCGACGAGCUUAAAUAUCACGGCCACGGAAUGCAGAGAGGCGCGGUGACGAUGAAUUUCUUUGACGAAGCUAAAAAACCGGAAUUCGCCGGUGGUGUAACAUUACAAGAUGGCCGCUGCGGUGGUCAGUGGCGUUAUCCGAGGAAUUGUUUGCCAGAGAAUGGCACUUGCGAAUACGCUAUACAAUGGACGUACAAGGGUAAAAAGGAUCUGAUAACAUUCGUAAUUUCCACGAUGAAUACCAAUACGUGGACCGGAGUUGGAUUUUCCGACGACGGCAGCAUGUCGCAAACCGAUGCCGUACUUGGCUGGGUCGACAAGACGAACGGUCGGGCUUUCUUGAUGGACACUUGGAUCAGCGGCUACAACGCGCCGUUGCUAGAUCCUUCGCAAGACGUCUACAACAUCAGCGGUCGUAUUGAAAACGGUGUAACUACUCUCGAAUUUUCGAGAAAACGUGUUACGGAGGACAGCAGGGAUCUUUCGUUCACCGACGAUCACUGCUUGUACAUGAUGUUCCCGGUAAAAGGUGGCAUAUUCAAUCCGAUCAAUAAGAAGAUUCGGAAACACGAUGCAAAACCGAUUGUUUCGUCAGAUAGAAUAUGUAUCAAGUCCUGCGGCUUGGAAGAAAUUGAAGACCAAACCACGCACGCGCCACCGAGAUUGCAUUAUGAUAUCGAAGUCAAACUCGUUAAUCUGGGCGAUGGAUUUAUAACUCCCGCACCCGGCAGUCCCGACUUUGAACUGAUCUCGAACAAGAUAUCAGACAGUUUUGGACCAGUCUUUGAAAAACUGCCAGGCUACUAUCAAGUCCGGCUUGAUGAGUUACGAAAAGACAACGAACAAGGUGUGUUUGCCCGUAUGAAUCUAAUCCUUGACAAGAACAAAGCUAAAGGCAGAUCUUUGAAAGCUGCGGACACCAGGAUAGAGGCAGAAAAAGCGUUACGCGAAGCAUUGGUGACAGGCAAAGUCGGUGCGCUCAGUGUCGAUCCGCAGUACUUAAUAAUCAGAGCACCUCGAGUGAACGAUAUUGAGGCGGAAGAUGAAAACGAUCGGUCAUCUUCUUCAGAUUUAUUUUUGGGUGCGACGAAGCUCUAUAUCGUCGUCGGUUGUGUAGCAGCUUUGCUAGCCCUUGCAUUAUUGCAGGCUAGUUGCACUCUUUACAGGAGCUCAAAAAGAAGAGCAACCAAGGAACGUUUGAUCGCUAGCAAUGCCUGGAAGGACUAUGCUUCCGGCGCAAACACAAACUUUGCAUUCGAAGCAUUCGAAACGGAGGAGAAGGCGCCGCCGCCACCGGUUUCCAGCCUGCCGAGACCAAGAGAAAUGAUGACUAGUAACGGUAUGUCUAUCAUGAACGGUAACGAUACCAUCGAUGGACCAAAUAGAAUGGUCGGACCUAGAGCAACCUACAGCCUGCCUCGCGCGCCCGGUGCCAGACAUUCGGCGCCUGUCCAACCUGGAUACUAUACGCAAGAUCGCAGGGAUCAUUACGGGCGUGCCAGGAGUAUGCACAAUCCGGCAGGUGCCCAAGCGAAUCAGCCGGACUUCUACUUUAUGCCCAGUCAACGAAAAUACAGUGGUGAGGUCGUGCGUGUGUACGUGGAUUACGGCAGCCAGGUGGCCAAGUAGGAUUUAGACCGCGUAUCACACGAUAGAACGAUUUAAUCGAGAAACCUCACUGAAAUAACUUGUGUGUAUGUAUGUAUAUAUAUAUAUAUAUAUAUA